GUACCAUGCAUAGUCACGCCUUGUUCCUUGCUCUUUGCGUACAUGUGAUAAGUCUCAUGUAUACUGUGAUUAACUACAUGUACACUGUGCAUAUUGUGCCUGUUCAAGAAUUUGUUUUUCAGAAUAACUUUCAUCAAUUGUUAACAGACAGACACGUACCGGUACAUGUACAUUUACGGUAUGUGGACAGUAUAUGAACCAAAGAUCGUACGGUGCUGCGUACUUGCGCAAGAUGUAGAACUUCGCCUUGAAUACACAUAAAACGUUGUAGUCGCACGGGUGCCGUUUGGGUUAGACUACGCCUGCACAGUGCAUGUUAAUGCACCGGCACAGGUGCUGCGACAGGCACGCACACCUGGUAUGCCAGUGCCAAGCAUUAACGUUCACACUCGAAAGGCGCCUAUGGUGGUAACACCUUUUCGGCAGAGUUUUCCAUCUUACGCUGCAUAGGGGGGCUAUACUAUCUUUGGUGUGAAAUGGGAGCUUCGAUACAUGUACCGGUACAUGUUCAUCAUACAUGUAAGUCCGAUCCCUUAUACGCUUAAUCUGCCUUCGGAAUAGGAUUCAAUGUGAGAAAAGUUAGCAUCGUUGGAGUUGGUGAAGGAUUGAGGACAGUUAGGGUAAUGGCUGUAAGACAAACAAGGUGUCAGACUUAUGAGAUGGCAGACAUACAGUUCAUGUAUCCACGCAUGGACAGAAAUCAAAGUAAAUUUAAGUGUUGGACCUACAUGUACAUGUACCGGUACAUGUAUGUAUGAGGCAUCAAACCUCAAUGUAACGUACAUGUGUGGGGCCUUUAUUUGGUUGAAGAUGUGAUUUUGUCCAACUUAAUGGUACAUACAUGUACAUGUAUGUGGUGUUGGACUUACUGUUGGACUUGCACGUAAAUGUAUGUGCGACCUGACAUGUUUUAACAUAGGGGGCGCUGUAAUUCAGCUGUCAGGUGAUCAGUGAACAUCUGGUGGCCGGCGCACUGCCGGUGGUGGUUGUGAGCUUUAAUACACGGAUCUGUUUCAACUCUUUCAUCAUUCUAAAUGAGACUUGUGCUUGGUGAUUAUGUACCGGUCGUAUACCGGUACACUGUUGGUCUGCAUCGCUGAUCGAAAAAAUGACGACCCUUCAGUACAGUAUUAUUGUGAUGCUGUGCAAACCCCAGACAUGCAGCCAACCUUUUUAGCUGCUCGUGGAACACCCCGGCUAGCCUGAAUACCUUCGGACCCACUUCCAGGCCUGUGCACAUGCUGGACAGAGACGAGGAGAGUUCCUAGAGUUGAACCUCGAAAUUUUCAGCUUGAUAUGUAAUUACUGCCCUUAGUGAUCCUACUGUGUGGCCCAUCCUUUUUGUGUGAUACUCUCAACUUUCUAUCACAGUCGCAUCUCUUUGUCGUUUGUUUCGCCGCCUUCAUCAUUUCAUCCAGAUUGGGAUACUUUGUGGUUUACCCUCUUUCAUCUCUCUUGUGUGUGAAAUUUCCCCCUUGCCUUCUGCACACCGCGCCCACGAAUCCCUUCCCCACACACUCACACGCCCACCAUGACAACAUUUGCCGUGCCCAAAGUGACACUAGACUUGCCCCAGUCUUUUGGGCACAUCCGUUCCAGCAGUGACUCCAACCUUCUUGAGAGGCGGAACUGUUUUGAGGACAAAGACUAUGGGGACGACUUACCCGAUGAACUGUAUGGACACCGACCCGAUACCGAGGGAGGGGUGCUGGAGCCGGAGAAGACAGAGAGCGACCAAGACACAGACUCAGAUUUGCAAGACCUUGCCGGAGAGUUCCGAUCACGGCUUAACAGCAAAGGCCACCAUGCAUCCAUCACUGACAGACUACACGAAGAACUCACUAAGGCAAAAGAGGCCUUGGAACUGAAGGAUGAGCAGGUCUCCCAGCUGACUAGGGUACGAGAGGAGAUGGACCAGGAGAUCACCGAACUCACUGCCAGACUGUUUGAGGAGGCACACAUAAUGGUAAAUGAGUCCAAUGUGAAGAGGGCUAAAGCCGAGAAGAAACUGAAAGAGGCAACAGGGAAGAUCGAUGUUCUCCAGGCCGAGGUCCAAGCCCUCAAGAUGCUGGUCUUGACGUCCACGCCCAGUAAGCCCAGCCCUCAGACGACCAGCCCCAAGAAGCGGGGCCUUCUUCCCAAGCGCUCCAAGAGCUCCCUCUCACCCAACGUCCUCAGUCACCACCGGAACCACAGCCUUCAAGGACCCAUCUCCAUGGAGCUCACAGCUCCGACAACCGGGAGGGGACAAGCCGCACCCCCAGAGCCAGAGAGCCCAAAGAGAGGAGAGGCGGACCCUGUUCUCCUACGUGAGUUCCAGGCCUGGAAGGAGCAUCCCACCUUCCAGCGGGAGGAUCCGUUCAUGGCCCGCAUCGUCACCGAGGACGUCUUCCCUUGCCUCAACUUCCCCAACCGGCAGUUGUCCGAGACACUGCAGGCGUGCGUGGAGAGCUUCAGCCUCUGCAUAGAGCCCCUGCCGGACAAGGGCUCACUGCCCAGGCGAUGUGCCUUGACAGACCAGCAGCGUGCCUGUCACUAUCGCAUCAAGUUGGGCGAUACUGAUGACUGGACCAACAUCUGUACCGCAGCCAGGAACAGGAUCACGGCCGUGUGUGAUUUCUACACAUACCUGGGCUACAUCAAGCAGGGACUAGUGAAAAGUGACUUGCAAGAGAUCUAUUGGGAGAUGAUCAGACUACGCACACAGAUGUCUCUGACCAAGUUGGGAUUGCAGUAAUGCACCAGUUCAACUCGGUAGUGUAUUGUGAGUAGGCUGCUAGGAUCAGUUGAAAGUAAUCCUAAAUGCAGCUAAUGAGCUGGACAGAUAAUAUGUUCAUAUGAGCGUGUCCAGCUGAAGCCAGUGUGAAAUUCCAAUACUACUGCCUUUCAAUAAGUGCAGCAUUUUUAUCCAUUCCAGUAACCUCAAAGCUCACUCGUGGGUGAGCGUCUAAACUUCAAGUGAAGCCACUCCUCAGGUCUUCGCCUUGGUUGCCAGUGUUUUUGUAGAGUCUCUAAAGAGAAAGUUACUGUGCUCAAAGUGCAGUGCCCUUAAAAAGCAUGAUAGAGACGACCAAAAGGUGUGUAUAAGCUUGCAAAGUGAAUAUGAAUAUGAGGUAGAUAUGUUUGAAUUAAACCGUGCUCAGUCCCUCUCUGCAACGUUGACAACUUUUCGGCGUUGUUGCCUCUUGUCAAAAUUUUGCCAUCAGUACAUUCAGAUUUACAUGUAGUAGAUGUCAGGAGUUUCUCGUCAACAAAGCACUUACGUUAGAGUAGUGACUUCCUCAAGCUUUCGAGUUCUGGUCAUGUAUUUUAUACAAAACAUUUGCAAUAACAUUCAUGUACAAUGAAGGGCUGCUUUGGGAGAAAGGGUUGCCUUAUAUCCAGUAUUUUGUCAUGUUUAAGCAUCUCAGCAUUUAUUUUAUAAAGAAGAUAUUACUUGAAAUUGCUGGAUUUAAAAUGUAUACGAAAAGAUUUAUAUGCCUCUGUAUACCUAUUUGAUUUGUGACAUACAUUGAAUUUUUUAUGAAAUUCUUGUAAUAUAUUUAAACAAGUAUUUUGUCUUUAUAGUGAGGCAAUUGUGCACUGCUAGCUUUGUCAUAAACAGCCAGUUUAAUCUCUGUAACUUAAUUUCAAAUCACAAUCGUCAUCAACUCACAAAUGAAAGAAGAGCUCACUUUGCUCAGAUUUUGAGUCACCAGAUUUCUUCUUUAACCACUCGGUGCCGGGAUUCCUGGUACCAGAGACAAAGCAGCUGCACCUUGUAAGACCGUACUUUGAACAAAAGACCAAGCUGCUGGGAAUUGCCAAAUCUUCAGUACGGAUUGCUGGCAGUUUCGGAUGAAAUCUGUCAUUAUUUUGGAAUAGUAUGCCACUGUUAACGGUAUCCCGCACCCGCGGAUCAUCAGCGGGGACAAAAGUGCUCCAGCACUCCAGCAAUGAGCGAUACAGUACCGCUCCACACUAAUAUGGCCACACUGGAAAAGACACGACUUCAAUUAAGCAACACAAUGGGCCAGUUUCGGGAAUAAAGGAAAUUACGCAACACUGCGCAAUCUGGGCUCUCUAUACUGGGCGGCAGGCCUGGCUGCAGUACUCGGGUGGCAAUGGAGAUGGCCAGUUAGAUUAGAGUAGCCACCAGACAGUCAUUUGUGUGGGUGUAAAAGUCCAGUAAAUGAAGUAAUGAAUUUUUGAAGAAUUUUGAAAAUGGAAAAUCUUCAAAAUCACCCGGGAACUCGUCCUGCGUAUGCAAAUUCCAACCCCUGCAGGAAGUGGUUAAUGUGUUGUCACAGUAUCAGGUAUCAAACACAAUUAAUGAAUCUAAAUGGCUUUAUCAAAACUUACCAAACACAUUUUGGAUAACAGUAACUAAACCUAUUUUUCCCUAAGAUGUUCUCUAAUUAAUGAAUUUAUAUUUAUGGUUGGCAUAGCUAUGAUAAAACACAGUACAUUUUACUUAUGCAUGAAUUGUUUAUACAUUGCGUAGACACUAGACAGAAAGUAUUUACUAUUAAAAUAUCUUGAUAUUUAGAUACACAUGUAGUUCAUGUAGAUUUUGUAUUCUCUUUGAGACAAGAAAGCUGCCAAGUUUCAAUCAUUUCCUUCUGUGUCAUUCAAGGUACCAAUGUAUUGUUUUUGUUAAGCCUAUAAACACAGAUUUUCAGAAAAUUUUGAAGGGUUAAGGAAGAGCAAGGCACUGCCAUGAAUGCUUCACUUGAGACUUGACCUGUUUGAAAGUUGAAGGAAUGUGUCACUUGGCAUGAAUGCGAAUUUGUGACGUCAGGUCAAACAUUUUCGUGCUGUAAAUUUGCAAAGGUUAAACACAAUUCAACUCCAGCGAAUUCUGCAGCAAAUGUUUCAUGACAACAAAUUGGCUUUGCUUUGGCAGUAGCCUGAAGUAUGAAGUGGCCUUUACAGUUGAGGAUUUUUGAGAAUGCAGGACUUUUGAGUGCCGUAUCAGUUAUGGUUAACAAGUGACUUGGCCAGCAAUGCCAUUUGGCUACUGCGUAUGCUGUAACGUGUAGGCUUCAUUUUCAAGCUGGGGUACAGGGCUCCACUGUGGUGAGUUUGAACUGUACCAAAGUGUAAUGAUUAAUGCUCGAAGGAAAAUUUGUCUUGUUUCAUUAAAACUGCUGCUGUUGGACACCUCAAAACUUAUUUUCCCCACUGCUCCAGGCAUGGAAUGCUGAUUUGUAUCAAACCUUUCAGCUUGUCAGUGUUACAGCCCUGAAAAUUUCCGAAGCACCCACACCAAGAGGAGGGAUAAAUACCUGCGUUUUCUUACUGAGUUACCUCAGGGUAAACAUAUGGGACCAUUGAAUUCACCUCAACCGUCAGAUUCCCUGGGUGUUUCUUGUAUGAAAUAUUUAAGUAGUGUGAGAUUUACAGGCAUAACUUAGUACAGCACAGUGAUUGACAAAAUGUGUUCCUGUGUCUGCUGGACACCAUAAGAGCUUUGUGGACAGUGUCAUUGUUGGGGAUCUGUGAUUACAGACGGAAAGAAAUGUACUAGUGAGUGAAAAUGCAGCAUGCUUUUAGAGAAGUCUGGCGUGAACAAUGGUGCAUUCUGUGAAAGUGAAUGGGUAGAGUACUGUUUGACAAAAUUGCUAGAGACCAAACUUAAAUGUCAAGUUGUUAGUGUUUCUUCCUUUCCCUACCCCCGUUUGAGUAUUGUUUAUUCGCUUCCUUGCUCUGAGACCUUUUUACAUGCAGUUAAAUGCCUUUGACGGGCACAAAGAUGUUGUUUAUAAAUUUGUUUACAACUGUUGUUCAAUAGUUACAGCAAUUUUUAAGAAUUUAAUGCAAGCAUUAUUUGCCACAUUGGCAAGUUUAAGAUUGCCUAUGCCCAAUCAGAUGCCAAGCUCUUGUGACUGAGAAGUAAUUGAUUGUUGAUUGUCAUGUUGAAAGUCAGCAUUAAUUUGUAUUUUAAUUUAGAAAUUUUAGUGAAUUUUUUCAUCGUAAGUGUACAGGAGAGGCUUUGGAAGAAAUGUGUACACGUACACGAAUUUUUAAGGGAAACUCAUCUUCAAUUUGCAUCAGAGGUCAACUUUGCACCUAGAUGAUAAAGAUAGUGCCUCCCUUUCAGCACUUGAGUUGGUCAACUGCAAAUUUCUUGUUCAUUCAACCACUAUUUGAUAUUCAAUAAAUUGAAGUAGCUUUUACAGUAUUGCCAGUUUUAUAAAAUUCACUUUGUACUCAGUAAAGAAUGGAUAUUUUGUAAUAUUGUUUAAAAGGCGAUACAGUUAUCUUUUUCUGGUUCUGAACUUGCGUGAGCAUGAAAAACCACACCAGGACUUCUGGCUCCCAAGUAUUACAUGAAAAUAGUGUUGUCUUCGGUCUUUAUGUUGUAAGUCCAGCACUAGGUUACUUGAAAUAGUUGAUAUUAUAAUUUUUAGGUGCGUCAGACAUUUUACUCUGACACAGUAAUGGUUUGUGAGCAGAGGAACAGAUUCUGUCUGAAAGUGUCAUCUGAUAAAGAGUGUAAUGUGAAUGAAUGGCAAACUGAAUAAUCUAUCCUCAUGCUGUAAGUCUACAGUUGCCUUUAAUAUCUUGGCGAGCAAACUUAGUGUUUAAUACACAGCUACUCACACUUCAAAACGCAAAGCCCCAUGGCACUCCCAGUACUAAUGAAGAUGCCAGGGCGUCUCCAGAUUUAAGACUUGCAAAACUAGUUUUAUACAAAAUAGUGUUACCAAAUUAUCUAUGUUAUUUGCUAAUGAAAUAUAUUUUAGAGCUAGAGUACAUGUAAAGAACAGAACAGAGUUACUAUUAUGUGAAGUAUUUGGGCCUCUCAUACAGUACGCUAUAUUUUGAUAGUUUGUAAGUAUUUUAAUUAUGUUUUAACUGAAGAGUUCGGAGUACAAAAAAAUGAAAUGUGUAUCAAAUUUAUGCAGUGGAGAAGAGAAAGAAGAAAACAUUGGCUGGUUGGGACUCUAUUUUUAAAUCAAAGGUCGCAUUGGAUGCAUACAAAUGUUAUGUUUCCUUACCCAGGUAUUGCAUGUCACUGUUCUGAUAGAAAUGAGACACCUGCUGUAACUUGUUCGUUAUAAGUGUCAUUCUUUCGGUUGCUACAUGGUGGCCCUAUCCCCCCUCUUUCCAAAAAAAAAAACCAGUCUUUAAUUUCAUUAAUGAAAUGAAGUUUUAAUGGUUUUGCAAACUUAAGCUGAGAGAAAAGAUGGGGGAAAAAGCUUUAAAUUGAUGUGUGUUAUCAACGCCUUAGAAACGUGUGAGUAUUUUUCCUGUUUUUCUCAAGUGGCAUUAGUUAUCAUUGUAGUCCACAUGACAGCUUAUUCAUUGCCGUCUGCAGCCAAAGGCAUCUUCCUCCGUGACCCAACGAGCCUAAUAAUACAUGUAGUGGGUUUGAAAGUUAGGCGCCUGUCAAAAGAGGGCGCUCUUCAUGUCUUAUUGAAGAGUCUUUCCUGGUGCAGCAAUUUACAUGUAUUUCAUACCUCGUGGUUUUGAAAGAGUACUGGUAUUUGUAUGGAAUUAGAUGUGAAGCGCUGUUGAGUAAAGCAGCCUUCAAGAUUUUAAUCGAAUAUCUUUUCAUUGUUUUUAAUUUUUAGUCGGUUACUUUUUAAUCUGUGAUUUGAGUUUUUAGUGUUUUUUCUUUCUACCACCUGUAACGUUAAUGCUUCGCUGUUACUUUGAAAAUCAGUUUUCAAGAAAGCAUUGCAAGAAAAACAUGAUGUCAUGAUUGUAACAAUUUGAUGCACUUCGAUCUUAGUUUUAUUCCCACUUAUUUCCUCGCGCUUUUUAUUCAACAACUCCGAUGUAUUGACAGACGCGGGAUUUAUUUAUGCAUUUGUGGAUAUUAAACCAAACACUAAAAAGGA